AGAAACAAAUAGGUGGCGUUUCUCUCUUGAAGUACAGUUUACUCCUCCUACCGCAAGAGUACGAGUCACUUUGAGCGUUUAAUACAAGACCGGAUACUUUUCUCACGAUAUUUGUAGAGGCAUAGAAAGAUGGGAAAACACAACAGCAAACUGGCUCCUGAGGUCCUGGAUGACCUGACCAAGAGCACAGAGUUCAAUGAGGCUGAGCUGAAGCAGUGGUAUAAGGGAUUCCUGAAGGACUGCCCAACUGGCAUCCUCAAUCUGGAAGAGUUCCAGCAACUCUAUGUAAAGUUUUUUCCUUAUGGCGACGCUUCCAAAUUCGCCCAACAUGCCUUCCGAACAUUUGACAAGAAUGGCGAUGGUACAAUUGACUUCAGGGAGUUCAUCUGUGCCCUGUCCAUCACUUCUAGGGGAAGUUUUGAGCAGAAACUCAACUGGGCCUUCAACAUGUACGACCUGGACGGAGAUGGCAAGAUCACACGUAUGGAGAUGCUAGAGAUCAUUGAGGCAAUCUACAAAAUGGUUGGCACGGUGAUCAUGAUGCGCAUGAACGAGGACGGGCUGACCCCACAGCAGCGCGUGGACAAAAUCUUCAGCAAGAUGGACAAGGACCACAACGAUGAGAUCACUCUGGAGGAGUUCAAAGAGGCAGCCAAGAGUGACCCCUCCAUUGUGCUUUUACUGCAGUGUGAUAUGCAGAAGUAAGGAAGGAAGUAAUUGUUGAUGAAAGAAAUGUACAUAAAAUUUAAUAUAAGAUAGAAUCCAUGAAUUUGGGGAACAUGGGCUUGAAGGGUAGGAUAGAGAUGGCAAAAUAACUAAAGGAAUUUAGAAUAAUUAGUGGAAGUAAGUCGAGCAAGACAUUAACUGCAAAAGAUUUUUGUCCUCUGUCAUUUGGCAAACAGUUCCACUUGUUAUGCCAUUCUGGCUGCAGUCCAGUUCUAGAGAGCUUCAAGUUAAAAAGUCAGAAAGUUUGAAAGAGGGAAUCCUACAGGACAUUUUACACCUAAAAUAAAAGCGCAUUGUCCUCUCAGUCCAGCUUUGAAAUAUUCUGCAAUGUCACCAACAGGCAGGCAUCUAUUCCUCUUUUAGGAUUUCCACCAUCAUUUCUCAAUUAUUCAGAACAGUGACGUUUUUAAUUCAAGGUUGUUUACAGAUACACUAAAUUAAUCCAACACUCUGAAUUUUAGCUCUCCCCUGCUGAAAGACCAGCUAACACCAGCAUGAAUUUCCAUGUUGGUUCAGACUUGCUUAUUAGAGCUCAUUUGGUGUUGGACAAAAAUGCUGGUCAGUCAGUAUGAACUUUCAGUAAAACAGGUUGACCAAGGACGUUUUGCUGGUUAAGCUGGUUAAGAAGCAUGUUGGGAACACCAGCACACCAGCAUCCCAUUCUGUGCUCUAAUUUGGUCAUACAAAAGGCAAAGGAUUUUAGGCAUUAUUUUUAGGCCUACUCAUUGUAUAGGUAAAUUGAAUUCUACAUAGUAAUUAACAUGUAGAAGAGACCAGGGCAAGUUGUCACACUUUUUACUCCAGUGAAUAUUUCUCAGGGUGGGUUUAUUUUUGAAGGUCAAUUUAUAGCCGCAUACCUUAAAAAAUAUAUUCCAGGUUCAAAACAAGUUAAGAUCAAUCGACAGCAUUUGGGGCAUAAUGUUGAUUACCACAAAAAAUUAUUUUGACUUGUCCAUCCUUUUCUUUAAAUAGAGCAAAAAUGUGGGUUCCAGUGAGGCACUUACAAUGGAAGUGAAUGGGGCCAAUCCGUAAACAUACAAAUACUCACUGUUUCAAAAGUAUAGCCACAAAAUGUAAACAGUAUGCAUGUAAACAUGAUUUUAGUGUGAUAAAAUCACUUAUUAACCUUCUCUGUGUAAAGUUGUAUCCAAUUAUACAACUUUGUUGCCAUGACAAUGUCAACAAACCCUAAAAUGACUGUAAAAAUGAUUAUUAAAACAACUACAGCUCAAAUAAUACAUGAGUUUUAACAGAAGAGUUAAUGCAAGUGUUUUUAUAAAAAUUAUUAGCUUCACAUUUCUGCCUUUAAACCCUCCCAAAAUUGGCCCCAUUCACUUCUAUUGUAAGUGCCUCACUGGAACCUUGAUUUUUGCUUCUUUUUUAAGAAAAGGAUGGACAACUCAAAAUAAUUUUUUGAGGUAAUCAACAUUAUGCCACAAAUGCUUGAAUUGAACCUGGAAUAUUCCUUUAAAGUCUUGGCUACACAAAGGCUGUUGAACAUUUCCACCGUUAUUGCCCAGGGAAAAAUAAAAAUAUACAGUUAAAUGAACACACACUCACCUGUUGUGACAACAUGCAUCAAUAGUGUUCCCCUGUCAACCCCCGUCACAACCACCAAAACAAAACCUACACCUCUCUUUAAAUCUAUGCCUGCAUUAAGCAGCCCAUUAUAAGCUUUUCAGCUCAAUUUGAAAAAAGCAAAACAAUUAUGGGGCACAAAAUGAUUCAUGAAACAAUGAAAAAUGUAAAAGGUAACAAAUACAAAAUAUCAAAACGUUGUUUUGGCCAACAAAUAUUCUAUAUAAUAAACUGCAUACAUUUAUGUCAUUUAAAAAAGUGGUCAACCAGGGGAUCGGGACCCACUAGGAGGCGUCAGCACACUUCCAGGGGGGCCUCAAGAUCUCUUAAUAUUAUUUAAAAUAUGAUAGGAUAUUAUAAUUUGUAUAUAACUAUUAUAAUUCAACUUACUGAAAAUGAAAACAAUUUUAUAACUCCCUUUAACAGCUUGCUUUUUAUGAAGAAUAUACAGUUCUAGACAAGUUUUAAGGAAAUAUCUUAUAAUAUAAAUAUCGAAUAGCCUACAUGGGGGACCUUCAUAUAUUUUCUCUGACAAUGGGGGGCCUUGGAGUGAAAAAGUUUGAGAACCACUGAUUUAAAACACAGGUUGUGUGACAAUUUGCCCCGAUAAACAUGCCCCAACUUGACUUUCAUUAAAAAAUACCUUUGUCCUAAGAACACUUAAACCUUUUGGUAAAAAUCUGCCUUCAUAAUAUAGUUGACCCUUGUCUGAAUGUAUGCCAGUGUGGUUUGAUAAUAUUGGCUCAGGAAUGGUUUGGCUAAGGAAUAGCAGUAUAGAGGUAGGUACAGAGAGAAAUAAAAGUUUUAAUCAUGAUUUCAUAUACAAUACAACACUCUUCCCCAACUAACAUGUACAAACACAUCAUGACUGCUAAAAUAAGCCAGUCCAGCAAUUGGUAUUGUCACAUCAAUUGAGUUUAAAUGCAUUGCCAUAAUCUGUUAGAGACAUGGAAAGUUAAAGCAUGACAAUAUCAUCACAAAGUAUGCCUGUUUUCCAACUGUGUUAUUUUAAAACCGAGAUGCCAUGGGUGAGUAGACAGAGCGAUUUAUCGUAUCACGUUAUACCAGGAAGUGAAUACCAUAGUAUCGUUUAUUAGAUAGAGAAUGAACAAUAUGUGUACAUGAUGACAUUUUGUACAUAUGCCUAUACACAUGCUUGGUAUGUACAUGUAAAUGUUUCUCUACCUUAGAACUGCUUUCAUAAUCUGACACUGCUGCAAUCAAUGACUUGUGUGCUAAAACGAAACCUAUACUGUACGUAUUGUAUGUGGGUUUUUCUGUCUAGGUGUGGAGGAGGGAAACUUAUGUAUACAUUUUCUUCACUGUAAUAUGGUGUGAAAGCUUUAGUGUGUGAGUGAGUGAGUUCAUGUAAAACACAAAUGCCUCCACCUUUGUAUUAAUAUUUUCUUAUGAUCUUCACGCCAGUGCUAGGAGUAUUACACCGUUGUGUUUGUUGUUAACUGGUGUGGCAGGUAAACUGUAGCUUUAGUUUAGUUCAGUCUUGAUUAUUUAAUCUCUUUUCUGACCACUUCUGUUUUACAAGCUGUAUAUUGUCAGUGUUGAUUGGACAUGUACAUGUACCUUUCCUUUCUCUUGAAAUAUAAGUGGACACAAAUGUAAACCGGACGCAGAAUGUGUACUAAUUGUCAAUGUUACUAUGCCGUAAUACUUAAUAACAUGAAAAUACUGUUGCACGAAGUAGAGGCAGUACAGCUUUAGUUUUAGACUGCCUCCCUGUGGUGAAGGAUUUUAAUUAAACACCCAUCUACUUUCAUCAGUUUAACUUAAAUAGAAUUGCCACUUUCACUCAGUUUCACAAUAUACCACAAGAAUGCAAUGAGAAGGAUUUUAAAGGGAUAGUUCAACCAAAAAUGAAAAUGAUCUCUUUAUUUACUCACCCUCAUGCCAUCUCAGAUGAGUAUGACUUUCUUUCUCCUGCAUUUUCUUUCAUUCUACACAAACAAAGAUUU